AUGAUCAGUGAAUUUGACGACAAAUUCAAAACAUCUGUCAGUGAGCCUGAUGAAGCCAAUGUCUCCCGAAGUGUACCUGCCCAAGCACCACAAGAUGUUCCUCUUCAGGCCAAUGUAACUCGUAUCGUUGACCGAUUUGAUAUUGAACCUGCUAAUACUGAUCCCAGAGUAAUCUUGAAGCGAGCUCAGAGGCAAGCCAAAACUCAAGGAAAAAGUCAAUUGUUUUUCAUGAAAAGCUCCGAUCAAAAUGUUCGUGGAGAUCGGCAUCGAGUUAGUGUCACUGAGCACAGUAAAAGGAGAUUUUCAGCUAAUAGCCAAGGAACAAUAAAUCCGCCAGAAAAGGUGUCGGCUGUCCUAGCAUUCGGGGACUCCUUCCUUGAUCCUGGGAAUAAUGACUACAUCACGACACCGCUCAAGGCAAACUUUCUUCCAUAUGGAAAGGAUUUUAUGGGUGGAAAACCAACUGGAAGGUUCUCCAAUGGAAAAAACAUAGGCGACUUUUUCGCCGAAGGAUUAGGCGUCAAGGAAUAUCUUCCAGCAUAUCUCGACCCUUCCUUACAAGACAACGAUCUUCUCACGGGUGUAAGUUUUGCUUCCGGUGGCUCUGGAUAUGAUCCACUAACAAGCACCGUAUCGGCUGCUAUACCAAUAUUGGACCAAUUGAAUUUGUUCAAACAAUAUAUUGGGAAUCUCACAAGGAUCGUUGGGGAAGAAGCUGUGAUGAAUAUAAUGAAAAAUAGUGUAUCUUUGGUAUGUUCAAGCACAAAUGAUCUUGUUAUAUCUCUCCCAGCAAGAAGCAUACUAAUUGAUGUCCCUACUUAUGAUCGCAUGUUGGUAAACUUGACCUUGAAUUUUAUACAGGAACUAUACAAACUAGGAGCACGAAAGAUAGUUGUCUUUAGUGCACCCCCGACAGGAUGUCUUCCUAUAGAGAGAACAUUAAAUGGAGGUAUACUUAGAAUGUGCGACCAAAAAGAAAAUGAAGCAGCACAAUUGUACAACAACAUGGUAAAAGAACAGCUCCCAGUUCUUGCAAGUAAUCUUCCUAAAUCAAGGAUUGCUUUGGUCGAUUUCUACAAUCCUCUAAUAAACAUCAUCAAUAACCCUCAGCAAUAUGGUUUUCAAGUUGUUAAUAGAGGCUGUUGUGGAACUGGAUUGGUAGAGGUGUCUUUUUUAUGUAACAGGCUUAGCCCAACGUGCCCAGACGACACUAAAUACUUCUUUUGGGAUAGUUUCCACCUAACAGAGAUUGGAUGCAACAUAUUUGUUAAUCAGACUCUACCAAGUUUGGUGGAUAGUUUGUUCUAGUAUAGGUUCGAUCGUGUGACAUAGAUUGUGCACACUUGGUCACAUAAUUAAAUAAAACAAUGGAAAUGUAUUCGAUUUUAAAUCUGAUUAAUGUAAACUUAGCCUUUGUUCGGC